UUAUUUUCCUUCAUAAGUCAUUUGAGAGUCUGAGAAAAACUUUUAGAAAAUGUCCAAAACCACUAAGAAGCUUCUUGUCUCGUCUGUAAACGAAUAUGUGGAUAGGCGAUUGGAUGAAAAUGAAAAUAUUCCGCAAUUAACUGUUAAUCUGGAGUCCAUCAAGAGUAUGCUGCUGCUGUUGGAUUCUGAGGAGGAAAUAGCCUUGAUAGCUGUUCUGAGGCAUUUAACCGAAUAUUUGAGAAAAAGCGAUGAAAAUGUUGCUACGCUCAAAAAGCACCAACUUUGGGAACUAAUGUUGCACAAGGAAUUCUAUCGCGAUAGUUCACAUGCUAUUGUUCGCAGAUUCUCCUUAUAUCUCAUGGCGAAUAUGGUGGAGAGCAUGAAUAUAUUGCAAGAUAUGAAAACAGAAAAGACAUUGCAAAUCAUUGAUGUCUGUUUGCAGUACUAUGAGCGGGAGGACGACAAUUUUUGCCUGGAGUAUUUAACUGUCAUCAUCAAUAAAUGUUUGCAAGAUCCCCAAGUCGCGCUGAGGGUUUUGAAUCACAUGAAUUUUACAAAAAAGUUCACCAGGACCAUUGCUUCAUCGAACAACCCAGAUGAGAUUUUAAAUUCCUUGCAGAUACUGGAACAAAUAUUAAAAGUCAAAUGUGUUAAAGAACUUGAGGAAUUUAUUUCGCAACCCUAUUUUCCAGAGCUCAGAAUUUUAUGCGAAUUAACUUCGGAAUUUGAGAAUAUACGCCGAGCGGCUUUAAAGGUUACCAAGCUCCUUGUUUUGGAUAUGUCUCAGACUAAUCCCUUGCGCAUGGAGCCUCGCAUGUCAUACCUGUGGGAACAGUUAACCACAUUGUUCUGUGACACUUCUGAGAACACUGGAACAGAGCUCGUUGCUUCUGUUAUGGCGGCUGCUUUGAGAAAUGAAGCCAUGGCCCAUUUAUUUUUCGAACAAAAUCAUUUUGCACGUUUAUUGGAUGUCGUCAGCACCUUGCAUUUGCCCGAUGUGUGUCCGGCACUGCUGGUAUUUAGCGAAGCUGCCUCUUAUGAGAAGUUUAUACCACGCUUAGCUGAUUCUGCAGUUGUUGAGCAACUUUUAUCAUGCCUGCUGGCUGAUUACGUCAAAGGUCCAACUGGCUGCCAAUAUUUGCAAGGCUUAAAUAGAAUGAUGAAGAGUUGCCAGGCAGCAAAUAAAAUUGUGGACGCCUAUGAACGGGGAGUUAUUAAUAAACUCUUGGAUCUGGUGAAGAACCAAUCGCUUGAUGUCAAAAUACGAGAACAAUCCACGGAUUUAUUAUUAAAUUUGUUAAAAUUCUCUUUCUAUAAGACGGGUGUGGCAUUAAUGUUCAAAUCCGUUAAAUUUUCAGAAAUUUUAAGUACUGUAUUUGAAGAGGGUGUUUCAAGUCAGUCCACGGAUUUACUUUUCUCCCUGCUGUCUGUAGUGGAGGAGCUGGCCUCCAAUGAUGAUUACCGACAAGAACUAUGCGAGGAUCACAAGCUCAUCGAGAAUAUGGGAAUGUUGUUAAUGAAUUCCUUCUCCACCGCUAUAUUGGUUGGCAAUAUAUUCCGUUGCCUUUGUUUGUUGGUAGAUGAGGCAUCUGCACGUUAUGCUCUACUUCAAACUUACAUCAUACCAUCAAUAAAGAGAGCUCUUAAAUCCCUAUCGAAUUUGGUUAAGGCAUCAGUGACCAAUUUUGUAAUACAAACCACGCGAUUCCCAGAAUUUCUCAACGAAUACCUAGAUCAAGGAGUGUUGGAAGUCCUAAUUUUACAACAGAAACAUGCGUUCUGUGUGCCCACCUGGAAUACUGCCAUAGAAAGUAUCCUCUCUAAAACACCCACCAUGAAAUUUUGCAUUCGCAACCAUUUGGGGUUCACUGAUCUUACCACAGGUCAUGACUUCUUUGUCUCCAAGAAGAAAUUCAAUGAUUUCCGCACAUUUCAGGCAAACCUUAAAAACGAUGUCUCUCCCUUGGACCCAGUGCUGGUGGUGAACUUUGAAAGAAGCAUCACGCCUGAGGAGAGCAUCAUCAAAAUUCCAAUUGAUUGUUUUGUGCCCGAAGAAUGUCAGGUGGCCUCAAACACCGAGGAAUGGUGUUAUUGUCGUACACCCGGCGAUGCCUACUUGCCCAUGUACUUGAAGGAGGUCUACAAUCAGUUGGAUGCCAGUGGCUUAACUAGGAAUUCGGAGCAAUCUCAAAACUCCAUAGAUUUUGAGAAUAUUAACCGAAGGGUGAAAAUCAUAGCUAGGGUUGUUGCCAAAGCUUUGGCCAAUGAUUUGCAAAGUUAUGAUCUCAACUCCAGUGAGGAGUGCUCCCAGCACAUUGUCAAAUGUCAUCUUAAGGCGUUGGCCAAGGAAUUGCAUUGCAGUUUUAUUCCCCUGGGACUUGUUCGCAGCGGCUGCCAUUUCGAGAGGGCUGUUCUGUUUAAAGCCCUGGCCGAUCAGGUGGGCUUGCCCUGCACUUUGCAGCGCAGCGUCGAUGGUCGUGUGCUGUUCAAUGAAGUACCCAUGCCUUUGGAAAUGGCUCUGGAUGUCCACUGUGAUCCCAAUACCAUGAAAUAUAUGCCCUGGCGUAUGCUGAGACCCACGCACAUUGUGGAUUUGAUGCACAAUGUGGGUGAGUUGCAUCCCUUGCAAAGUCGCCAGGCAUUGCAGUAUUUGCGUUUGUACUAGAAGAGGAAGUUGGCUCCACUUUACUAUGCUACUAUAAACAUUUUUCCCUUCUCCUAAAUUAGUCCAUCAUCACUUCUAAACCAUAUACAAGGCCAGUGCCUUGUAUGCUCUAUGAAAUACUCUUGGGCCCCAAUAAAAUGUUCCCUAAAUAAUUGAAUAAAAACGAAAAUAAAACUCAUUCCUUUGUGAACCCCA